AGGUUUGGAUAUCUCUUAAUUGAGACGAGUGAAAAUACUGAUUGCAAGUGAAUCCUCCUCAGUCAGCCUGUUGGAUGUCUCUCAGAAAAUAAGAAGUCAUGGCAGAAAAUGAUGCAAUGCCAACCUUACCAAAAAAGUGUGGCCCGUACAUUUCAUCUGUAACCAGUCAUGGCAUGAAUUUGGUAAUUCGUGGUAUAGUGCUGUUUUUUAUUGGCGUAUUUCUUGCAUUAGUAUUAAACUUGCUUCAGAUCCAGAGAAACGUUACUCUCUUCCCCCCUGAUGUGAUCACAAGCAUCUUCUCCUCAGCUUGGUGGGUACCACCUUGCUGUGGCACAGCGUCAGCUGUGAUUGGGUUAUUGUACCCAUGCAUGGACAGACAUCUGGGAGAGCCACAUAAAUUCAAGAGAGAAUGGUCCAGUGUGAUGCGAUGUGUAGCAGUCUUUGUGGGAAUAAAUCAUGCCAGCGCUAAAGUGGAUUUUGCCAACAACAUUCAGUUGUCUCUCACCUUAGCAGCUCUGUCAAUUGGACUGUGGUGGACAUUUGACAGAUCGCGAAGUGGCUUUGGUCUUGGAGUAGGAAUUGCGUUCCUGGCCACGUUGGUGUCACAACUUCUGGUCUACAAUGGAGUUUAUCAAUACACAUCUCCAGAUUUCCUUUACGUUCGUUCCUGGUUGCCAUGUAUAUUUUUUGCUGGUGGAAUAACCAUGGGCAAUAUCGGCAGGCAGCUGGCAAUGUAUGAAUGCAAAGUCAUUGCUGAGAAGUCUCAUGAGGACUGAGGAGAAACAAUAUGCACCUUUUAAACAGGAAAAUAUCUGACAAAUGACUGUUGGAGGAGCAUAAGGAACACUUGACUAUGAAAUUGCCAAAAUGCAAUUUUUUUUUUCCCUUGAGUGGUAUACUUUACUGCAAUCUGUGAUUGCUGCUUCUCUAGAAUCCUUGAUGUCUGAUUUUAAUUACUGUGAAGUUACAAUAGUAUGCAAUACAUUUGACAAUAUUGGUUCAAUGAUAGGAUUCUUUUUUUCCAGGUCUACACUGAGUUUACCAUAAGUUCUUGUCUGUCCAUAAUGUUGCAGUGCCAAACUGAACCUUUGCACUACGUCUCUGUAGCUGAAACUUCUGCUUCACUUUAUCUUGAAAGGUCUGAGGAAUUUGUUCUUAAUAGCUCAGUGAAGGACAGGGGAUUCAAAUGCAGGAAUGAAGAUCAUCUUCCGUGAUGAUAGCCUGUAAGAUCUUUAUGGAAUUCAUGGAUUACAAGUGAACUUUGCAAUAAGUAACUGAUUUCUGCCUAUUAA